AUGCCAAAUGUAGCCACGAGUAAAGUUGUAUUACAAAGAAAUACAUUACCGAGAUUUUCUACUAGACGACGAUAUGAAACACGGGGUUUGGAUAGCUUGCAAAGUACUCCACAUGGUUCACGUACGAAUCCGCCAAUUAGACGAAAUUUGGCAUAUAAUUUGCCAUUAAAUGGGUCUACAAGUAGUAGUGGUAGCACAGUUUCAACAACGCCAAACGAAUCAGCUAGAUCAAUCUCACAGGGAUCACCUACUUCUAUCACUGAUACUGUUAUGAAGCAGUCAGAGGAUAACGAUCUCUAUAAUGAGGAUGUCGCAAGCGUUCUCACAACUGAUGCUACAGCUAGCACAUCACACAAUAUUUCUCCUCCAGCAUCUAGUCGACAACAUUUAUCUUCCAUCGCUUCACAACAUCCUGUAUUACCAAUGCCAUUCCGUUGCUUUCCGGGGGUAAAAGCGAAACGUGUCAGGUUUUAUCGUAACGGUGAUCAGUAUUUCAAGGGCACGUGGUACGCCAUAUCAGUAGAUAGGGUACGAUCCUUCCAAGUUUUGUUAGGUGACUUAACGAGAACUUUAACUGAUGCAGUAAAUUUACCGCAUGGUGUUCGACAUAUCUUUUCUCUUGAUGGCUCUCACAAGUUAUCUUCGUUAAAUGAAUUUGAAGAUGGGGAAAGUUAUGUUUGUUCAAGUUCGGAAGCAUUCAAACGGGUUGAUUACGAAAAUGCUCGCGAGCCAACUUGGUGUAUAUCUUUGACUGGCUCAUCGCCCAUGCCUUUAAUGGUGGAUUCGCCUUUAAAACAGGAACCAAAUGAUUUUGUUUAUCCGCGAAUUAUCACUAUUAUUAGGAAUGGUGUUAAGCCACGUCGUGUAGUGCGGCACUUACUGAACAAACGAACAGCCAGAUCUUUUUUACAGGUAAUUCAAGAUAUAACGGCUGUGGUCAAGCUUGAUAGUGGCGCUGUUAGGAAGCUGUAUGCACUUAACGGCAAAGAAGUCACUUGUUUAGCUGAUUUUUUUGGUGAAGCUGAUGUAUUUAUUGCGUAUGGUAAAGAAAAAAUGAGUGUUGAUGAUUUUUAUGUUGUUUCUGAAGAAUCUAAAAGAUUGUAUUGUUUGCGGUCGCGUGCAUCACGUAGUAAACCAUUACGAAGAAGGAUGCCAGCUAGAAAUGAAUCUUUGCGAGAAGAUCGUGCAGGAAGCAUCGUUCCUGAUUCAGAAAUGAGUCGGAAUCUCCCCCUACCUCUUGAUAAUGCAAUGCAUUUGGUACGAUUAAUUGGUGACGGCAAUACAGCUUUAGUAUAUGAAACAAUUUGCAAGAAAACUCGGGAAAGAAAAGCAUUGAAAGUAAUUGCUCGUGAAAAUGUAGUUGGAAAAGAAGAACUUAUUAAAUCAGAAAUUGAUAUAAUGCGAAGGGUAUCACAUGAUUUCAUCGUACAAAUGCACAAUUGUUGGGAAUUCGAAGGAUCUUUCUAUUUAUCUUUCGAGCUUAUCAGCGCAAGUUUUGUUUCGUCAUUUAUUUCUAUGAAUUUUUUGAUAUUACUUGUGCAAAAAGGGGGUGAUUUAUUUGAGUAUCUUUGUCAAGUACGUCAUGUCACUGAACGAUGCGCUGCUGGCUUAUUAUAUUGUUUGGCUUCUGCACUCAAUUAUUUGCAUAAUUUAAAUAUUGUUCAUCGUGAUGUUAAACCAGAAAACUUGCUAGUCUAUUCUUGUCCAUUUACGAGAAAUUUACAAUUGAAAUUGGCUGAUUUUGGAUUGGCUGUUCAAAUGAGCGAUGAACGUUUAACAGUAAUAUGUGGCACACCAACCUACGUUGCACCUGAAGUACUUGCUGAACUUGGAUACGAUCAUAAGGUAGACUUGUGGGCCGCAGGUGUCAUCCUUUAUGUUCUUCUUUGUGGUUUUCCGCCUUUUCAGAGUGCUAAUGGUAGCCAAGAACAACUUUUUGAACAAAUUUUGAAUGGUCGUUUCUCAUUCCCACCGCCAGUUUGGGAAAAUAUUUCUUAUUCUGCUAAAGGUCUCAUACAAGGGUUGUUGCAACUGGAUGUUGAGGAACGUUUUUCAGCUUCUCAAAUACUUGAUUAUCCAUGGAUUCAGGGUUCUGGUAAGGUUAGUGAUGAUUACGAAAAGCUAAUGGAAGCUGCAGUAAAGGCUAGUGUUCAAAAAGAAGCACGGCGAGAUGCUCUAGAAGAAACUGAUGUUGAAUUCUUCUAUUCUAGGAGAACUAGUAUGGAUGAACUGAGCGAUUGUCGCGACAGUAUUUCUCGCCGUAAUAGCUCAUUCGAAUAUUUGCCGAAUGAAGAUAAGAAAGGUGAUUGA